GAACCUUUUAGAACGAAUUACUUCCCGCAACGAAAUAGAAAAAUUAGAGUUGGGUUUCAAAGAGGUACCGGUAAAAUUAAUUGCCUUGUAUAUAUUAUAUGCCAACUUUGAUUUGGUGAGGGGGUUAGAUUUGUGUGAAACAUAAACAUUAAUGAAUAAUACACAGACUAUUGGGAUUAAAGUUCCUGUGGGACAUAUUACCGCUAAUUCAAGAUGGACUGGGAGUAAUCUUGUCACUAUUUUGCAAGGCAGGUGAUUUAACUCUUUAAAUUUAAAAGUUAAAGUCGACAAUCCUCCGAAGUCUGGUCCCAAAUUAUUUCCAAUGAUUUAAUCCUUACUUAAAAGUCUUGGGCAUCAUUCUGUUUUGAAACUCAUGUUUGCGUUAGUGGACGAUGUUAGAUGGAGGUUGUCGGCCGUCCAGAUGCACAAACACUCGAGCGCAUUAUCAUCACUAAUCAUGUGUUACCAGGAACAACUACCGUCACGGACGCUUGGCGAGGAUAUCAAAAUGUCGGUCAGCUCAACAACGGGAUUGAUGCUCACGCUGUCAUUGUGCACGAGCGUGAAUUUGUUGAUCCAGGAGAUUCACGCAGAAACUAUUGAAGGACUUUGGAUGCAAGCAAAACGUAAACUCCACUAUCAGAGUGGUAGGCCCGCUAGUCGCGAUCUGUUUGCCAGCUACUUGGGGGCCUUUCAGUGGCACAACAGUCACCAGCAGAAUGUUUUCGGCUGGUAUUUGCAAAUGCUAUGUGCCAAUGACAACAUUUAGUAUUUACUGACUGGUUUGUAAAGUUUCAGUUAUUUGCAAAAGCUAUGACUGACAUUUCUGCUGUUUUCUAACAAUACACACUGUGCAUUGCAGUUUUUUUUCAUACAAAAUAAUUUGGGACCGGACUUCGGAGGAUUGCCUUAGUCUUUCCAUGGGGGGCGGGGAGGGGUGUAGAGUGGGUGUUCCACGGUCGUUUGUGCCUGACCAGUUUUCGGCCAAUAGAAAUUUUUUGGGGUGCUAAUAUUCAUAUCUAUUGAUUAAUUUUGAAUACAUUUUUUUGCAAGAUAGAUUUCAUAUCAUAUAAUAGGAAAUUAAUUACCGGAAAUUAGACAUAGAAUAAUAAUAUGUAGUAUCAGAUAAAACAAUAUGACAACAAUAGUUUAAAUUUUACUAAUUAAAUAAUAUUGUGAGAUCACAUCUGAACUUACAAGACUACCAUAUGGUCUGUGUAACUGGUAUCCUAUUCUGCUUUAAUCCUCAGAAUGCAUUUUGGAUCAGAAUGCAUUUUACAUUUUAAAAAUAUUCCAUUUAGUGACAGAGUUAUACACAAUUCUAUUUAGUGACAGAGUUAUACACAUUUGUGUAACGUUUGAAGUAGUAUUAUCUGAAUCCCUACUGUUGCCAUAGUAACAAAGUGGUAUUUUUAUAUUUUUACAAAUUUUUUGAAAUUUUUUACUUAAGUGCUGACUGUCACCACUAUUAGUACUACUAUUAAUAUUAUCUCCUCUAUUUCCAUUGGCCAUUUACUGACCCAUCAGCCCAUCAGAAAGCUGAAAAUCAUCACUUGAAUUUAAAUUCAAAUGAUUCAUUAUUAUUGUCCGAUGUUUAGCACAGUGGUUCUUAACCUUGUUGGAGGUACUUAACCCACCAGUUUCUUAUGCGCAUUCACCGAACCCUUCUUAUUAGGAAAAAUAAAAUUUAAAAAAUUUUCAGAUUAUUGGACCUCCGCCGAAGCCCUGAGACUGACUCACUAAGCCCUGGGGUUCGAUUGAACCCAUGUUAAGAACCACUGUUUUAGCAUCAAUAAUUUGCAAUAAAAGCUCUUGUGCCUGCAAACUUGACAACCUAUUUGGUCUGGUAACCCCUGAUGUGUUUGGAGUAGGCGUGGUCAUUGCUUUGUUUGCAAAAUUUUCACCACAAAUUGAACUAUCAUUAGAAAAAACACUUGUUAACAAGCUCUACUUUUAACAGGAAGGAAGUAGAAAGAGUUAUCUUUCAUUUAAGAACAAGAAGUCACGCAAUAAAAUAAUUAUAUAAAUUAUUUUGACGAUUUAUCGACUAUGACGAGUUAAAUCGACGAUAUAUCGUUGUUUGGCACGGUAAGAGUUAAAACAAUAAACAAUACUACAUACUGUCAUACUAAUACUAAUAAUACCAUGCUUAUUUAUUACUUAAACUAGGUAUAGACUAUACACUAUAAUCACAUGCGACUACUAUACAUUAUUAUAUGAUUAUUUAUACAUUAUACAGUAUUUGUAUUAUGUUUAAAUUGUUGUCGUCUGCAAGUCCGUAUUAUCCGUAAGCCAUAAUUAAGGAGAGUUAGAAACUGUCAGAAAUAUCCAAGUCAAAGGGCCCAUGACCUACUCAAGCCUACUGCAUACUAAAUUUCUAAAGGUUUCAAAUAAUAAUACAAUAUCCAGCAACUAGUCCAGCUUGGUAACUUGUAAACCAAACCAGUGCUAUUUUAAUAGCCCAGUGGUCAGUUCAGCAACCUGCGGCUCCAAAGCAGCAUAUGAGGAGUCUAUACAGCUCUUUCAUCAUUAAAAUGUAUAUGACAUGAUCAAGCUGAUUCAAGGGAUGACAGAUCUCCCUCUUAAAUGAUUAAUCUGAUCUGUGGAGUGGGAGAAUUAAUAAUAAGCCACAGAAAGCCCAGCAUAAAAAAUGUGGGGAAGACAUCAGAGCUCUGGUGUUCCAAAACCACAUUGUGUGGUUUUUAUCAAUACCCCAUGAAGUGUUGGCAAGCCUUUUAUCUUGGUUUAACCACCCGAUUUUGAAUUUGCUUUUUUUAGGGUAAGUUAGGUUAUCAUACUUGAAGCUGACUCCUAAGAGUAUUCUGUUUGGCUACCUUGUGGUGUUUGGUGACAAACAAAGUUUACUAUCUUAUUUCUAACUUAGUUUCACCUUUCACAGUUAGCAAUGAGUAUAUCCAAAGUCUCUAUUAAGAUGUUUCACACAUUAGUAUCUUCUGUUAACAACUUUAAGUUUCACUUAGCACCAAACAGUUUAAUCAGUUGACCAAUGUAAUUCCAGCAUCAAUACCUGUCCAGUUUGAAAGUUCAACAAGUGCUAUAGACUUCUAUCCUUCUUGCAACACUGGUGUUGUUUACAUCUCUGAGGCAGAAAUAGUUGAAGGAUGUGCUUUCAAAAGAAAAGUUGCAAGGCUAAGAAAAGUAUGUUAUAUAAUUAAAUGUACUCAGAUUAACAAAUGAACUGAAGAAAAUUCAAACAAAUACUCAAUGGCUACCUACUAUAUUCAACUAUUUGAUUGUUAUAUUCUUAAGAGGAUGAAAAUAUUUAGUAUCUAUUAAAAUCUUUAUUUUCAAUGUCUAGACCUCUGGAGGCCUUAUUAUGUGUCAUUGUUAAAAGAGAGAUAAUACCUUUAAUUCCUUUAUAUAUUAUAAACCUGAAAACUGGCUUAUGAGGAGAUGUGGUGAGAUACAAUUUUCUUAUGAGUAGAAAGCUAAGUGCGGAUAGCUUCAGAUAAUCAAGAAAAGUCAUUGUUCCACCAUAGAAAAUACCCUGAUAUAAUCAGAUCUUGCUAUUAGCAUAGUCUUUUCCUGGAUUUGCUUGUGCAUAACUUUGGAAUUUUUUUUUAAAGUAGGAAUAUAGGAUUUAAAAAAAAAUGGUUAGUGAGUUAUGUUGUGUUGCCUUUGGACUAUUUUUACAGGAUUUCUGAUUGUGUCCUAGGAUAAUAUAUAUUUUUUAAAAAACUGUUGUUCACAUGGGGCGUUCAUAUUGGCCCCACUGUCUUCUAUUACAUUCUUACUAAAAAUGUGAUUGUAUUUGAAUUGACUACAUGACAUAGGAUGGAAAUAAAAACAUAAGAUUAUUAUUUAUGAGUGCAAAGAGCCAUGAUAAUAUGCAAGUUAGCUCCCUUUUGAGUGCAUAAAAUAACACAUUCAUACCAGUACUUAAUGUUCUAAGAAUGACAGUAAUAUAUAAUUAUAGUAAAUGAAAAAAUGUUUCAGAUGUAGUUUGACCAGAAUGUUCUUUUUCCUUCUAUCAAACAAAGGCCAGCAAGGUUCAUGGUAUUGUAGUGGUAGAGAAGACAGUCUCCUGCAGCCAAUAUUUUCCAGAAAUCCAGAAGUUCUGUGUCAGUGACCUUGGACUGGACCUCAUCCCUGUUAAUACCCAGGCAGAGGCGGCAGGCUUUCUGGUACAACUGGUAAAGCAUUAUCUGUCUUCCAUUCUUGAUAUCUUUUAACAUUGUUUUAUUCUCAUUUCCUUUGUCUCCUCCAAGUUAUGCAUCAUCUCCCUUUAUCCUUGUUCUGAGGAAAUCUUUCCUACUCAUUAUGUUCCUCUCUCAUCAGAUUCUGUCAGAUUUUCUGUCAAGGUCACUUCUCUGUGUCUUCCGUGCACUUCUCUUCAUUAGCCUUGUGAUUUUAAUGGCCAGGAUGUGCACUUCUCUUCAUUAGCCUUGUGAUUUUAAUGGUCAGGAUGUGCUCUUCUCUUCAUUAGCCUUGUGAUUUUAAUGGUCAGGAUGUGCACUUCCCUUCAUUAGCCUUGUGAUUUUAAUGGUUAGGAUGUGCACUUCCCUUCAUUAGCCUUGUGAUUUUAAUGGUUAGGAUGUGCACUUCCCUUCAUUAGCCUUGUGAUUUUAUUGGUUAGGAUGUGCACUUCCCUUCAUGAGCCUUGUGAUUUUAAUGGUUAGGAUGUGCACUUCUAGUUCUUGUAAUAAUGGGCUCACUCAUGAGACUUCUUGCUUUGUUUUAUCAUUAUGAGGUCAUCUUGUUUCACUGAUACCUUGGUGGCAGUGCACUAGAUAACAUUAUAAUUUUUUUCAAGGACUUCUCUUCUAAAUUCUCAAUUUACCAAGUAAUUAUUUAUAGGAAUUUAUUCACAUUGUUCCUAAAUUAAAAUGAAGCAACUAUCUUUAUGCUACCUGAAUAUUUCAACACCACAAUUUAUCCUGAAAAUCACAAAAAUGAGCUGAUGUGGUCUUUGGCAUGUAUUAAAUCCCAGGUGUACGUCACAAGCCGUCUAGACAGAAAUCCUUUCCAGAAGCAGUUACCUUUGCCUAAAAGAGAUCCCGCAGUAUUGGCAGCACUGACAUCUUGUCCAGGUUUGGGCAAGGCCAAGGCCACUGCUUUGUUAGAGAAAUUUCCCAGUGAGUAAAAGUGAAAACAGUGAUGUAGGAAUGUGCUGCUGUUUUUGGUUAAUUUAUUUAAAUUAAUUGUACUUCAAAUAGUGUCAUAAUUGAAUGUGUUGAUGUGAUGAAUAAAAUGUAAGUAGACUUCAGUCAAGCUGAUAUAGGUUACAUAGAGCACAAGGUAUCAGAAUGAGAAGUAGUAUUUCCAGUUUUCACUUGCUCUGUGCUUUACUUGCUCAUACUUCAGGAAAAAGUGGGUCAAAUUUUUCAGAUUGGGAUACCAUAAUAGUUAAACAAAUCAACUGCUAGUUUGAAUGAGUGAUUGGAAGGACCAGAUCUUAUGAUUUUUCUCUGAUUGUUAGGACCAGGUUUUAUGAAUUUCUUGUGAAUGUAUUGAUUGUGAUCUGUGCCUUGUGAUAGCAGUAGUUUCUUUACUUUUUUAAAAUUUGUUUUAUUAUUUUAAAAGUUAAGUUACUUUCUUAUAAUUAUUUCAUUUUUUUAAAUUUCAGGCAUACAUGUUAUAUGUCAAGCUACACAACAAGUAAGAGACAUUUUUUUUUUUAAAUAUUAAUGAGCUAAGUUUUUUUUUCUUAGAACUUUUAUAAAAUAUCAAUUAUAUUAAAAGAUUUGUAAAAUAUUUUACUGAUUUUUUUUUUCAAAGUAUUUGCACUCAUUUUUUGUAAUGCUUUUUUUUGUUGUCAAGGGAUAUAACUUUACAAAUGUUAUUAAACUAUAAAGGAAAGAAAACAAGAAAUAUCUUAUUUUUAAUAAUUUUUUUUUAUGCUUUAAUAUAAUUUGUUCACUCUUUUAUUUUUGUAUAUUUUCUCAUUUUAACUAUUGAUGAAGUAAUGUUUAAGUGGAGAACGAUUUAAAAAUGAAUUACACCCUUUUUUAAUGAUUCAAAUAUUGUUUUACAUUUCUUUUAUUUCCAGGAAUUGGCUGCUGUUUUAGGAAAAGCCAGUGCGCUCAAGUUAUAUAAUUUUUUUCACAGUCCAACAUAAUAGUACAUUAUUUUUUUGUAUCAAUAAAAGGUUGACAUACUUCAA